AUGGGACAGAACUUCAGGAUGGCUCCCAGCGGCAUUGCUCUCCAGGAGGACAAGGACAGGCCCGACUACAUCAACGAGGCCGUCUUUAGGCGCAACUGUCUUCCCGCCCGCUCCUAUUUCAUCCCCGAGACCUCACUGUUGCUCAAUGGCAGCUGGGACUUCCACUACGCCUCCACGCCCCUCGAGGCCCCCGAGCCAGAGGCUGGCGAGAGCACGACCUGGGGCAAGCUGAACGUGCCUGGUCACUGGCAGCUUCAGGGCCAUGGCAAGCCCUGGUAUACCAAUGUCCAGUUCCCAAUUCCUGUCUGCCCUCCAUAUGUGCCCACCGAGAACCCUACGGGCACUUACAGAAGGGUAUUCCACGUGCCAAACACCUGGGACUCCACAGCCCAGCUCAGACUGCGCUUCGAUGGCGUAGACAGCGCGUACCAUGUGUUUGUCAAUGGCUCGCUGGUGGGCUAUGCACAGGGGUCGAGGAACCCUCACGAGUUCGAUGUGUCCGAGUAUGUUACCAGGGGUGGGCCAAACGAGCUGUUUGUUCGCGUAUACCAGUGGUCAGACGGCACAUAUAUAGAGGACCAGGACCAGUGGUGGCUGUCAGGUAUUUUCCGAGACGUCCACCUACUCGCCUUCCCCGUCGACAACAGAAUUGAUGACUGGUUCCUGCGCACUGACCUGGAUUCCAACUAUGAAGACGCCACACUCGAGGCUACGGUAGAUGUGCUCAGCAAAGAGAAGGCAACUCUGAAACUCACGCUCUCAGAGCUGGACAAGGAGGGUGGCAAGGUCAUUGAGACGAAGGAAGUCGCAGUCGGUUCAGGAACAUCCAAAGUCGACGUUUCCAUACCUGUGACGAAGCCGCAGAAGUGGACUGCAGAGUCGCCAUAUUUAUACAAUGUCGAGCUCACCCUGAGCACUUCCUCUUCGAAGUCGUACACUGUCACACAGAGAAUCGGCUUCCGCAAGGUCGAGCUCAUUAACGGUCUCAUGACUGUCAAUGGCAAUCCUAUCCGCCUGCGCGGUGUCAACCGACACGAGCACCACCCUCACUUUGGCCGCGCUGUUCCGCUUGACUUUAUCAAGCGCGAUCUGCUUCUCAUGAAGACACACAAUGUCAACGCGCUCCGUUGCUCUCACUACCCCUCGCAUCCCAAGAUCCUGGAUGUGUGCGACGAGCUUGGUCUCUGGGUCAUGGACGAGGCUGAUCUUGAGUGCCACGGUUUCUAUGACGCGGUCGCGAGGCCUCAGGAUAUCCCUGAGCACAUGGACUACGAGGAGCGCAAGAAAUUCACGUUCCCACAAGCAGCCAAGUUCACAACCGACAACCCAACUUGGAAGGAGGCAUAUGUAGACCGUAUGCGAGACCUUAUUCAGCGCGACAAGAACCAUGCAUCUGUUAUUGUGUGGAGUCUGGGCAACGAGGCCUUCUACGGGCAGAACCACAAGGCCAUGUACGAGUACGGCAAGAAGGUUGAUCCUGGACGGUUGAUACACUACGAAGGCGACGUGCACGCAGAGACAGCAGAUAUGUACAGCUACAUGUACCCGCCUAUCGAGAGGCUACUCAAGUUAUCCCAGACCGAAGGCGUCAAGGACGGUAAGUACGAGAAGCCUGUGGUCCUGUGUGAGUAUGGACACGCCAUGGGCAAUGGUCCAGGCUGGCUGGAGGAUUACGAGGAGCUGUUCAGGACGAACCCACGCCUCCAGGGCGGCUUCAUCUGGGAGUGGGCAAAUCACGGCCUUUGGAAGGAGGAUGGCGACGGCACCGGCAAGGGCGGUUACUAUGGUUAUGGAGGCGACUUCGGAGAUGUCCCCAAUGAUGGCACGUUCGUCAUGGAUGGACUGUGUUUCAGCACCCACGAGCCCACGCCAGGUCUGACCGAGUUCAAAAAGGUCAUUCAGCCAGUGGGGCUUUCCGUCAACGGCCAAAAGCUUGGACUGGAGAACUACUACGACUUCGUCGACCUCAAGCACCUGGUGGCUUCCUACAAGGUGGAAGAAUUUGGCGAAGAAUCCAAGCUGCUUGCAUCCGGCAAACUUGAAAUUCCUGACAUCAAGGCCGGCAAGAAGGGCGAGAUUGAUCUCAGCGGGCCAUUGUCCAAGCACAAGAGCAGUAAGGAGGUGUUUGUGACUGUGUCGCUCACCCUGCGCGAUGACACGCCUUGGGCAGCCGCCGGCCACGAAAUCGCCUGGAAGCAAUGGCAGGUCUCCAAGGCAGCCUCUCCAAUUGCAUCUUUAGCCCUCAACAAGAUGUCGUCACCGGUCAAAGUCACCUCGGCCGGUGCCAAGGUCAAUGUUUCCGGUCCCAACUACAGCUUCACAUUCGACCGCGCACGCGCGGCUCUAAGUUCUUGGGCUGUCAACGGCGUCUCCAUCCUCGAAGCUGACCCGGCCACUGGCAUUGCCAUUGUUCCAUCCUUCUGGCGCCCUGCCACAGACAAUGAUGUGCCUGGCGAGCUACCCUACUGGCAGCGCUUCGGAGUGGACGUCUUGGAAAGCCAGGCCCGCUCAUUCUCGGUCGACACUUCCGACCCAAACAAGGCCGUCCUCAAAGCCCACACCUUCAUCACUCCAGCAAUUCUGGCAUGGGGCUACGAAUGCGAGAUCGAAUACACCAUCACAAACACCGGCGCCCUGCACAUCGAUGUCAAGAGCGCAAAGCCCACAGGCGCGAAGCCCACACACGUGCCCCGGGCGGGUCUCAACCUGAGGCUGAGCAAGAAGCUCGACAAGGUGAAGUGGUUCGGCCUCGGUCCCGGCGAGAGUUACCCGGACAAGAAAGACUCGCAGCGCACGGGGGUCUGGACCGCCGACUCGGUCAAGGACCUGCAGACGCCGUACGAGGUGCCGCAGGAGAACGCGAACCGCAUGGAGGCGCGGUACGUCACCCUCACUGACGGGCAGGACGCCGGUGUCCAGGCCGUUGCCCAGGGCUUUGACGGCGGCUUCAGCUGGGUCGCGAGCAACCAUUCGGCCGAGACGAUCCAGGCCGCGCGGCACCCGCCCGACCUGGUCGAGGAGGACGCCACGCUGCUGAGGCUGGAUUACAAGGUUGCUGGUGUGGGCACGGCGGCAUGCGGUCCCGGUGUGAGGGAGGAUCUGCUGGUUAAGGUUGAGGAUAUCAGCUUUGGGUUUGUGCUGGAGAGUGUUGGGUUGUGA